UCUCGGCCUCCCAGCUCCGGUCCCAGCCCCCUUCUCUCUUCCCAGGCUGGGCUGGUUCAUAGUGCCAGUUGGAAUAUGGUGACCUGUGAUGUUGACAGCUGGGGACCUACCACCUCAGAGACUUUCAGUGGUUAAUGACAGACCUAGGAGUGCAGCGCCCUGCCAUGGUGGUGGUGGUGUCAUUGACUAUUUACAGAAUCUCCCAAGAUGGAGAACCAGACCUUGUGUGUCUCCCGCUCUGCUGCUGGCUGAGUGGGGUUUUCCAUAUACUGCCCACGGAUGGUAUCCUCCAGGGUCCUCUCCAGCAUAGUUCUCGCUCUCAGAGUGAUGAUGCUGAGGUCUCUUCCAAAUACGGCUCCCCUGGGUACCUGGCGACAUCUUGGAUGGAAGGGGCCACAGCGAUUCACUUCCUGAUGAUGUCACGCACAGCACUCACCACAAAGUUCCUCACCGUAGCCUCCAGGCACAUCGAAAGAUGGAAGGCGCAAGUGAUCGCAGCAGCAUCAGACAGAUCACCCCCUUCGAGGGAUGUUGCUGCCUCCCUGCCUAUGCGAGACGUACACCAGCUCGUUACUGGCCCGCCGGGGAGGUACAUCUUCUUCUUUGCCAGCUGCCUUAUGGAGCUGUCUGCCUUGUUGAGUGGUACCUUCACCACAGCAGUUAGCACCAGGCAACCAGGAUCUGUGUUUUUUCCAGGAGUUGUAAGAAAUUCCUUCCUUUCCUGGGUCUAUAUUUUCUGUCUCUAGGGGUCUGUUACUAUUUCCUGGAGCGUAAAGUGACAACAAGCUAUAUAGGUGAAAGAGAGAGAAUGUAAUCAUUGGGCACGCAUUGAGAGAGUGCUGGUGCCUGGAACCAGCCCUGUUUUAAACUGCUGGGAUCAGGGCAGCUGCUCCCUUUGCCACUCCCACAUCUCACCCCCGUUGGCAGCCAGGUGCCAGGGGAGGCAAAGGGGGCAGGGACAUUAAAGGGGCCGUACCAGCAG